GUGUGGAGGUUUGAAUUACGAGCAGGAGAGCUCAGAUUGCAAUUUUCUAUUCCUAUCCUUGGGAAUCUGGGUGUUACUAAGCUCACAGGAGCUUUCUUGGAGUAACCAUAAAAGUUGCACUGAAUGCUGGUCGCGGGUGGAUUUUCUUUUAGCGUUCUUCUUUAGCUUUUGAAAUAGCCCCAUACCCCCAUUCCCUUUCCUUGCGGAAUUACUAGUUUUGAAUAGUUGCUUCGGCGAGCAGAAGUUAAGCCGUUGAAACCAAGUAACUAUUAAAGGCAGAAUGUCUGUUUCAUGCAAAACAAUUGGCAAUCUAAAGGAGAUAAGGUUACAUUGUAUGCAUUUGUGUAUGUGUGAAUAUGUGCACACACAAACUUAGCGGCAGCGUUAACAAUGACCGGAGCAGCUCUUGAUAAGCAUAGCCGAAAAAUAGAUUUUGUUUCAUUUUUGCAUAGCUGUGUGAUGUGAUUCACCCAUUUGUGAUCUUUAAACCGUCAAAUCUUAAGACUGCAGAUGAUCUGGAAGGGAUUUAGAUGGAGUUUAAAAUUGAACAUACAUGGAACAGCCUUCCAGUGUCCCAUGAUCCAAUAAUAAUCAGCCUGAGUCCAGAAAAUACAGGAAUACUGAUGGAAUUGAAUGCUCCAUUUUUCAAUGAUCCUCCAGCCCCUCCUGGUGAACCAGGAAAACCAUUCGAUGAAUUAUGGGACUAUGAGGUUGUAGAAGCCUUCUUCUUGAAUUACCAAACCCAGCAGUACCUGGAAGUAGAGCUCUGCCCGCAUGGCCAACAUCUUGUAUUAUUCCUUUGUGGCAAACGGAAUAUCUGCAGAAAAGAGCUUCCUUUAAUAUUUGAAGUUUCAAAAACAACUACCAAAUGGAGGGGCCGUGCUCAUUUGCCUUGGAAUUUUUUUCCUCCCAACACUGACAGAUUUAAUGCAUUUGCAAUUCAUGGAACAGAUGUGAAUAGAACAUAUGAAGCACUCUAUCCUAUUCCUCAUAAUGAAGUUCACGAUAACCAGAAACCUGAUUUCCAUUGUCUGGAAUAUUUUAAAAAAAUCAGUUUCAAACAAUUAAUGGGAGAAGAUUGGAAACAGAUUGAAUCAGACAUGUGGAAAUCAUGCAUUAGAUGAAAAAUACAAGAAUAUCAUGAGGAUUUGGCUGAACAAUUUUUGUGGGCAGGGAUCUAUCUUUUUAAGACUGCAGGUGAGCUUUCGUUUGAAAAAAUAGGGACAUUUAUCAAAUUAGAAUUAUUCCUACUGAAUUUUAUGGACAAGGAAUUAGAAAAGAAUUUGGAAUUUGGAAAAUAUAAUUGUUGUAAGAUUAUUCUAUAAAAAAUGGAAAUACGAUGAAAAACAUUCAGCAGAAGACUGACAUAAAAAUAACUGAACUUGCAGAAAUGAUGAAGCUGAUCAGUUUGAUGAGAGAAAAAGAAAGGGAAUCUUCUUUUUUGAAACACUGGAAGCUUUAUAUAAACUUUUUGCUGAAAGAAAAAAAUAAAUCAAUGAUUUCAGGAUAAAAAGGGAGAAAGUGGAUAAAAUAUUACUUGAUAGAAAGGUACAAUUGUAUGUUUUCUUCUUUCAUUUCUUGAAAUUUUUCCUUACUAUCUUGUUUUGUAUAUUUUUACUUUUAUUACAUUGAAAUAUAUGUGAGUAUGUGUGCACAUGCAUGCAUGGACACUUAACACAGCUGAUUUACUUCUUUUAAGCUUUUAUAAAGAUGACAAAUUAAGCUACUGUAACAGGCAGAGGUGAACUAAUUAUUAGUUACUAAUAAAAAUAAGUCAGGGGCAUUAACCUCUAUUUCUAAUGCAGAUUAAGGUAGAUUAUUGGACACAGUUGAUUUUCUUAUAGUACUAGAAAGUCUAUAGUGGAUUAAAUGGAAGAGUCUUGGCAUCAGGAAAAUUUAUAUCGUAUAUUCCAGCAUAUAAGGCGACCCUGCGUAUAAGACGACCCCCGUCUUUGGCGCCGAGUCACAUGCCUAGAAAAUCGUCUUAUACGCCGGAAACUACCGUAAUUUCCGGCGUAUAAAACAACUUGGUGUAUAAGACGACCCCUGACUUCGGUGCCGAUUUUAACACUUGCAAAAGUCGUCUUAUACGCCGGAAAGUACGAUAGAUAAUGUUUAUGCAAUAUGUCUAUAUUUUUAUAAUAAAAUAAUUUUAUCAGUACCUGGAAUCAUGUAAAAGUUUUGCUUCCUUUCAUCUCUGCAUUUUAUUAUUAUUUAAAUAAAAUCAUUUCAGUUUA